AUGCAUUCAUUCAUUACUUCCCUGUGUUUAUUUCUGGGUUCUGCAGAAGCUGCAAAAGGGGCCCUCCAUCACCACCACAACCCCCGCCGCGACGGAGGGGAGCACAGUUCUGUGCUACCAAAACUUUCGAUUCCUCCCUCAAUUCUUGAUAGCUAUCAGUUAACAUGGCAUGAAGAAUUCAAGCACAGACCGGGCCAUUAUCUACCGUCAUCUGAGAACUGGAUUUUCGACGUCGGAACCUCCUAUCCUGGUGGUGCACCGAAUUGGGGAACGCAUGAAGUUGAGACAUACACAACGUCGCCAGCCAAUAUCCGCGUGACACGAGACGAUACCCUGACCAUCACUCCACGAGUAUCAUCUAACCGUACUUGGACAUCUUCGCGCAUUGAGACCCAACGCACCGAUUUCGCUGCUACGCCCGGUGGCCGACUUUACAUCGAGGGUCGUUUGAAGACGGGCUCGGCUCCUACUUACAAGCAACAGGGGAUUUGGCCUGCAUUCUGGGCUCUUGGGGUUGAUUUCCGCUCCAAUUAUACCGCCUGGCCCGCUGCUUCAGAAUGGGACCUUAUGGAAGUGGUCAAUGGCUUACCAAAGUUGAUCGAAGUGCAGGAGUGUGGUAUGGGAGAGUUGAAGUGGUAUCUUGAUGGGCAGCAGGUUUUUCAGAUUCCAGCAGCUAGGAUAAACAGCUCGACGACCUGGGAGAAUAUUGCACACAAAGGCCAUUUCAUACUGCUUAAUGUGGCAGUGGGUGGAGAUUGGCCAGGUCAGCCCAACGCGACCACUGUUGGUGGUGAGAGUGUACAGCUGGAGGUAGACUAUAUUCGAGUGUGGAAUUAUUAUCGGUGA